AUGUUGUCAACCAUCUCUCGCCAAAUUGCCAGAAGCUUGAAUGCUCAGCAAAAAAAGUCAGUCAAGGCCCCUCUUUGUCAACUCGAAAGAAGCAUUAUUGCUUCAAGAUUAGGCCACGGCAGAUUUUACACUGCUCCUGCUGUCAAGGCAACUGAUUUCGAAGCCAAGUAUGCUCAAAAGAUUCAAGAAAUUGCCAAGAGAGAGGGAUUGACAGUUGAACAAUUAAAGCAAAAGAUCAAGGAUGAGGCAGCCAAGAAGCUCAAGGCUGCUCAACCCAAAAAGGUAGCGCCCAAGGUUGUUGCUGAAACCACCAAGAAAGCAUCAGCUGCCACCAUUGCUGCCAAAUCUCAAUUGCCUUACGAUUCAUCUGCUCCUACAUUGGAUAAGCUCGUCAAGCUUGAUUUGCUCGAAAACGAGACACCAGAGAACAUUGCAAAGAUUUGGAAUGCAGGACACGCCAACAAGGAUUGCAUUACUGCUGUCAUUCCUAGCGAUGUGUACGAUAAGCUUUACAAACGUAGUCAAGAAUAUCCCAUGUUUGUUGUGCCUAUGCCUCGUGAAGAAGGUGUUGAAUUCAUGUUUUUGCAGUUCAAUUUCCAUCAAGCCAACUUCACCUCGCUGUUAGAAUACAAGACCAAAGGAACUGAAGCCAGGCCCUUCCUUACACUGACGCAUUUCACUGAACUCGAGAAAUCAAAGGGCAUUGUUUUGAUGAAGGGUGAGAUCAAUGACGAUCCCCGUAUGUUGGACACUGCUAAUGCUCAAUUCUUGGCAUUUGCUCUCCAACAAUUCUAUGUUACUGGUGGUGAAGACAAGUUGAAGCUCGUUGAACAAUUUCACAAGAAGCCUGCUGAAUUCGAUUUCCAACAAUUGAUUAAAUCUGUUGAAACACUUGUUUAG